CCAUUAUUGUAUACAAUAUUACUGAUAUUUUGGCUGUCUAUAAGUCAUCGUCAUCUCUGUAUUCUACAUCUUCUACCUACUGUCAUCGUUCCAUAAGUUUCAUCAAGAUCAAUUGAUACAGUUACCAUGGAUGUGAAGCUUGCUGGCAACCUUUCCUUCCCCUCCCAUGGAAGGAGGUAUCCUCAAGACAGCACCUUCUCGCAAACUGAUUUGGAAGGAGCACCUGACUUCGGAAGGCACCUACCUAUACUUGCGGCUUCCAGUUCCAUUCUCUUUUCUUUCAUCUGUCCCAUUAUUUUCCUUUCUUCCAAUCCUCUCGUUUUCAUUCCAAGCACUGUCAUCGGUCCUCUUGUCUCUACCACUCCGAGCCUUUUGUCGUAGCACCAAGGUCCCGUCUUUUCAUUCCAUUACCAUGUCAUUUCCCACAAGAUGGCGAUAAUAGACACUCUUCCAGCAGUUGACGUGUCCGUUCGAUUGAAUAACUUCUUCGACAACGCAGCUGAAUACCCGGAUCCGAACCCCUACCGUCAAGAACGAUACCUGGGAGGGUAUGAGCGCUGCUCCCGCAACUACAUCGAGAGCCAACAUGAUGCCGAAUUUUGCAUCCAUAUCCGUGUCAUAGAUGAACGCUCUAUCGACCACUGGGUCUAUGAUGACUAUGGUUUUCUAUUCUUCCUUUACAUCGAUGGGAUCUUCAUGGGCAAGAGGUUUUGCCAGGGGAAAGACUUCAACCGAGGACAGUGGCGCUUCACAUUCUCCUCUAGAACAUACCCAAACGCAGAACGCUCCUCUCUCGUCAAGAGGAGAUUCAAGUUUCGGUCAAUUGUUGCUGUCGACGACGAGCCAACGGACGGCGACUUUCGCAGAGCCCGCGACAUUGGCACGAUUGAGGUGAAGCUCAAGCUUGGAAAACUAACCCCCAUGGUCGAUCGUCGGCGACGCAGAAACCUUGAGAGAGACUUUCGUGAGCCAGAUGUGGAUCACUUUGAGAUCCCUGAAGAGGCACUCAAGGGUCGCCCUAUCUACCACGUCACUUCUUUCGCAGCUCCGGAGAGUUUACCUGGAGGCCCCCCACGUGGCAAUGCUCUGAAGACCACCACAGGGGCACUACUAGCGACGUAUAACUUCAAGUCUGAUAUUAAUCCAGAGGCCUUAAAGAUUGAAGGCAUUAUUCCCCGGACACCAAGUCCCGAGCCCGCGCCUCCGCGCAAGGUCCGUUCUGAGAAGUCAGGUGAUGUUCCUCGAUUCGAAGACCUACACGACUAUGAGGUGGAGCGACUUGCUCGAGAAAGGCUGAGACAGCUUCGGGAUGAGAGACUCCAGACGUCCAGCUUGAGAAAGCGCACGUAUGAUGACUACUGUGACCUCACAGAGGAAGGUGAAAAUGAGCCAGCACCACCUUACAAAACCAUCAGAGUAGAAAGUGAACAUGAUAUCAUUGAUCUCACAGGUGGCUACUAGAAAUGUAUGCUGCGAGGUUGCAAGGACACUAUCAGGAACAAACCUGUGUACAGCCAUGAAAUAUUUCAGGAGUCGAGCACAAAUACAGAUGAUUGCAGAAACUGCACGCACACUGUGAUCUAAACUUCAUUGUCUGCUUCCAUGUAUCAUACAUUGUAACCAACCUUACUUGAGCUGUGAAGAGGGAGAAAGGG